AUGAAGGGUUUAUCUGGCAGCCGCAGUCACCAUCACGGGGUUGCCUGUGACCCUGCAUGUGACAGCCUGCCACACCACCAGGACAGGAAGCCAUAUUUGUUAAACCCGGUGGACCCCCACCCCGCAGACCACCCUUACUAUACUCAAAGGAACUCUUUCCAGGCCGAGUGCAUGGUGCCCUACAAUGAUCAGAUUGCCAGCAGCACAUUUCCCCGGCGGCAUUACAGCUCCCACCACGAACUCAAGGACGAGUGUGCCCUGGUUCCCCAUGGAACUGCCAACAAGACCAACCGCAUUCCUGCCAACCUUUUGGACCAGUUUGAGCGGCAGCUGCCCCUGAAUCGGGAUGGCUACCACACUCUGCAGUACAAGCGAACUGCCAUGGAGCACCGCAGUGACAGCCCGGGCAGGAUCCGGCAUCUGGUUCAUUCUGUCCAAAAGCUCUUCACCAAGUCCCAUUCGCUGGAAGGACCAUCCAAGGGGAGUGUCAAUGGGGGGAAAGCAAGCCCAGAGGAGUCACAGACGAUGAGGUAUGGGAAGCGCAGCAAGAGUAAAGAAAGGCGAUCGGAAGGUAAGCCCAGAUCCAAUGCAUCAGGAUGGUGGAGUUCAGAUGACAACUUGGACAAUGAUGUUUGCAUUUAUCAUGGUCCCAGUGGGGUCAUGACCAUGGGAAGAUGCCCUGACCGCUCUUCUUCCCAAUACUUUAUGGAAGCCUAUAACACUAUUAGCGAACAUACUGUGAAGUCCUCCAGAAGCAAUAAUGAUGUCAAAUGCUCUACCUGUGCAAACCUGCCUGUGAAUUUGGACUCCCAAUUAAUGAAGAAAAGCUCUUGGUCCUCUACAUUAACCGUGAGCAGAGCCCGUGAAGUUUACCAGAAAGCAUCAGUUAACAUGGACCAGACAGUGGUGAAGGCAGAGACGUGUCAGCAGGAACGGUCAUGUCAGUACCUCCAGGUUCCUCAAGAUGAAUGGAGUGGCUACACUCCACGAGGAAAAGAUGACGAGAUUCCCUGCCGCCGGAUGCGCAGUGGCAGCUACAUCAAAGCCAUGGGGGACGAUGACAGUGGAGAUUCAGACACAAGUCCGAAGCCAUCUCCCAAGAUUGCUGCACGGAGAGAGAGUUAUCUCAAGGCCACUCAGCCAUCCCUUACCGAGCUCACCACCCUCAAGAUAUCCAGUGAACACUCUCCAAAGCUUCAGAUCCGGAGCCACAGUUACCUGAGGGCAGUGAGUGAAGUCUCCAUCAACAGGAGCCUGGACAGCCUGGACCCUGCAGGGCUGCUGACAUCCCCCAAGUUCCGCUCCCGCAACGAGAGCUACAUGAGAGCCAUGAGCACCAUCAGCCAGGUGAGUGAGAUGGAGGUGAACGGCCAGUUCGAGUCCGUCUGCGAGUCGGUGUUCAGCGAGUUGGAGUCGCAGGCGGUGGAAGCGCUGGAUCUGCCAAUGCCGGGCUGCUUCCGCAUGAGGAGCCACAGCUAUGUCAGAGCCAUCGAGAAGGGCUGCUCCCAGGAUGAUGAGUGCAUAUCGCUGCGGUCCUCAUCUCCCCCGCGUACGACCACCACGGUGAGGACCAUCCAGAGCAGUACUGGGCUGGCAAAACUAAACUCUGCUAUGUUUUUUUCAGUGUCAUCCUGCAUUACCACCUACAAGAAGACGCCUCCUCCAGUCCCACCGAGAACUACCACCAAACCCUUUAUUUCCAUCACAGCCCAGAGCAGCACAGAGUCUGCCCAAGAUGCAUACAUGGAUGGGCAUGGACAGAGGGGUGAUAUCAUCAGUCAGUCUGGACUUAGCAACUCCACGGAAAGCCUGGACAGUAUGAAGGCAUUGACAGCUGCUAUUGAAGCUGCCAAUGCACAGAUCCAUGGCCCUGCAAGCCAACAUGUAGGGAACAAUACUGCCACUGUCACCACCACCACCACCAUUGCCACUGUUGCAGUAGAAGAUAGGAAGAAGGACCACUUCAAGAAAAACAGAUGCUUAUCUAUUGGAAUACAGGUUGAUGGUGCUGAAGAAUCUACCAUACCAGGUGACAAUAAAGCAACCAGUAAGUUCCAGUCCAUAGGAGUUCAAGUAGAGGAGGAGAAGUGCUUUCGCAGGUUUACACGAUCUAAUAGUGUAACAACAGCUGUGCAGGCAGACCUGGAUUUCCAUGAGAACUUUGAAAUAAUCGACCCUCAAGAGGACAAUACAUGUUCUGGACAAAUAUCAAGACAGUUCUCCCGAGACGCAAGCACCUCUACUGUUAGCAUACAAGGGUCAGGAAACCAUUAUCAUGCAUGUGCAGUGGAUGAUGACUUUGAGACAGAUUUUGAUCCAUCAAUUUUACCUCCUCCUGACCCAUGGAUUGACUCUAUUACUGAAGAUCCUUUGGAAGCUGUUCAAAGGUCAGUGUGCCCGCGAGAUGGCCACUGGUUUCUGAAGCUACUUCAGGCAGAGAGAGAUCGUAUGGAAGGUUGGUGCCAACAGAUGGAGAGAGAAGAACAUGAAAACAACUUACCUGAGGACAUUCUAGGGAAAAUUCGAACUGCAGUGGGCAGUGCCCAGCUUCUCAUGGCUCAGAAAUUUUACCAGUUCAGAGAACUUUGCGAAGAAAACCUGAAUCCUAAUGCACAUCCACGGCCGACCUCCCAGGACUUAGCAGGGUUUUGGGAUAUGUUGCAGUUGUCCAUAGAAAAUAUUAGUAUGAAAUUUGAUGAACUUCAUCAGUUAAAGGCCAAUAAUUGGAAACAGAUGGAUCCUCAUGACAAGAAGGAGAGAAGGGUCCCUCCUCCAGUGCCAAAGAAGCCAUCGAAAGGUCAGGUGCCACUCAUACGAGAACGCUCUCUGGAAAGCUCGCAGCGUCAAGAGGCCCGGAAACGGCUGAUGGCUGCCAAGCGCGCUGCAUCGGUCCGCCAGAACUCAGCUACCGAGAGCGCCGAAAGCAUUGAGAUAUACAUCCCCGAAGCCCAGACCAGGCUAUGA